AUGGAGCGUCACAUCGACCGUGGCUUGCCUUUUCUCAUAGGAGACCCGUGGCAGUCACCACGAUUUCCGGAGAGCCUCGACCUGGAUGAAAGCAGCAUUUUUCCUCCUCUGGACGUUACAGUUCGGCCAUUGGGAAAGGCUGCGGACGACGAGACACCGCACUUCACUUUUCAAGAAGACCUGCUUCCGUUCCCAGAUCUCGACCAUGUAGGCGACGGUCCUUUGGAACGGCCCGACGACUUGCCUCAAAACAAUCUCUCCGAGCACGACACGGAGAUUGAUCUCUGGAAGAUUGACGAGGCUAUAGCGCAAUCGACGAGUCUUCACACCUGGGAAUGCUUCGAUGGUAAAGAUGUUUGCGAUUCUCAAGCCACGGCGUUCCUCUCCGAAGCCAGCCAGUCCGCCUUUGAUGCUGCCGCAGACCUUCAAUCCAAGCAUGUUGGUGUGCUCCCCCAGGACUUCGUCUCGCGAGCGAUGUGCAACCUUGCGGUCGGUCGACCAUCGUCUCUGUUCGGAUGGGACUCGUCAGAGAAGAAGUACAAAACAAAUCUGCCUGGAGCAUCCAUAUCAGGCUUCACCGAGAUGUGCUCAAACAAAGCGGCCGAGGCGAUCAUGGAUAUGGGUAACUGCAUCACGCGGCUCCGUCAGUUCCGAGAUGAGAACUUGCCUCGUUCACGCUCUUUCCCGGCUUUACGUGCUAUGAAACAUUGUGUGGCACUCAUUCUGGACGCCAUCGAUGAGAGCGUAUCCACUGGAUUAGCAAGCAUCGAGUCUCUUCUGCAGCUGCGACAUCUCCUUGAACGACCGCACAGCGUUCUAGCUGUGCUGUAUGAACUUGUUAGCACGUGUGAGACUUGCCUCUCCGAGGGGAGCUUCAUCUCUAUGGUUUCGGAUCGUGUGUGUGACCUGGCUAAUACAGGGCACGAUUGUCACGCCAUUAUCUAUUGUGUUCUGACAAAAAUCAGCGCCCCAUGGCUAGAGCGUUUAUCGAUGGAUAUCGGCCUCUGCGAUCCCGCAACAGCAACGCUCGACGCCGGUCUCGAUCAUGUCCCGGACAAUCGCGAGCACACUCAAGGAUUUCUAGAACUGGCCGACCUCGACCUUAUCCAUGAGACCAGAGCCGCAACCCGCUUGCUCCGUGAAGUGGCGCCUACAUGUCCGCUGUUGGGUAGCACCGCUCCCGAGUGCCUUCAGGCCUAUGCAAGCUUUGCCGAUGCUGCUUCCAGCGCUGAGAAGGCGGCCCGCACUGCAAGAUGCUACGAGGCGCGUAUGAUACAAGCUUUGGCUGCAUCGCCUUCACCAGAACCUCAACUACUAGCGAUACAUGCGCAAACGACAUCAUAUCCGCCGCCAGCCGAGCAGGAUAGUUGGCUCAAUCCAGAAGGCAAUGAAGACUACAUAGCGCGGUCAGCUAGCCUGAUGUCCUGUGCCAUCGUUGACGGCAACCAAACUCAAGGUGACGAGCUUAUCAGACAGGUCACACUGGCUUGCCAUGAUCAAUCCGCUACAUCUUUAAAUCAUACAUCCGGCCUGACCACGGAAGUGUCCUCCUCCCUCAUGGACCGAGUAAGGCCCAUGAUAGCGACGCAGCACAGGCUAGUCAAUGGCGUUCUGCUGCGAUCAAUGUUGCGAGAGCAUCACUUGCGAGAGCACCUCGAAGUGCAGCGCGCACACCAACUGUUCGGAAGCGGCGACUUUCUGACUCGACUCUCGACCGCACUAUUCAGCCCAGAUGCACAGUCCGCCGAAAGGAAACGCGGUGUGAUACCAACGGGCGAAGUGCUAGGCUUGAGGCUCGGCGCAUCUUCAGAUCAACGCUGGCCGCCCGCAAGCUCAGAAUUGCGGUUGACAUUGGCCGAUGUACUCCAAGCCACCCAAAACCCUCGACCCUCCUCAAGGGCAUCAAAGAACACAGGUCAUCAAGAUGCGGCCUUUCCAAUCAGCUUCGCCAUCCGCGAACUAUCCGAGGAAGAAAUCGACCGCGCCCUCGACGUCCAGUCAGUCCACGCCCUCGACUUUCUCCGUCUCCAGUACGAUCCCACAACCCCGAUCAACGCAGUCCUGAAUUCAGAGAGUCUUCUCAGCUACGAUGCCAUCUUCCGAUUCCUACUGAAGCUUGUCCGGCAAAUCUACGUGACCACAAACUUACCGCGGGAUAGCUUCGGCUCGCACGCUCGCAAAGCGGCGAUCUUUGCGCAUCGCUCUCGUCAUUUUAUCUCUGUCCUACUGACGCAUACAAUGGACCUUGGAAUCGAUGCGCCAUGGAGGCAAUUCCUGUGGUCAAUUGAUCAAGUGGAGCGAAACCUAGCGGAAGAAGAUGCGGCAGGAGAAAUCGGUAGCAGAACAUCGAUGACCAUCGAUGGACUGCGAAGUCUGCACAUCUCUUGCCUGGAACGGAUCAGAAACCGAUUGUACUUGAGAAAAAAGCAUGAGAAGGUGCGACUUGCGAUGGAGAAGGUCUUUACCGCCAUCUUGAGGUGUGCUGCUCUGCUGACCGCAUCUGGCGAGGUAAACGCAGGGGACUUCGAGACAGAGCUGGCAGCUUUCAACUCGUCUAACGAGCAGUUCCUGAGCGUCUUACAGCAGUCGAUUGAGAAGUCCUCGAAGACGGUAUUGAAGGCGGAUGCGGAGGACGCUGAGAUCGGCAGGAUCCUGCUUUCAAGGUUACAAUGGCGAAAAAAUGAGUGA